GACUAUGAGGAGCGGGACCGGGCGGGGGGCGGCGGCAGCGGCGGCAGCGGCCCCGGUGCGGCGGGAGCGGGAGCGGGAGCGGGGACGGCUCCGCCGCCGGCCGGGUCAUGCCCGUGCGCCCGGGGCGGCGGGGCUGCGGGCUGCGGCGGGAUGGGCGCGCUCCGGGCCGGUGCCCUCGCCUUCCUCCUCCUCCUCCUCCUCGGCUGCCUCCUGCCCCGGCGCGGCCCGCUCAGGCUGGUCUCAGGGCGGGAGGAGAUUAAAGCUGCUUCCCGAAGCUCACCCCAGCCCAUGUCGCCCUCUGAUUUCCUGGACAAGCUUAUGGGACGAACAUCAGGGUACGACGCCCGAAUUCGACCCAAUUUCAAAGGUCCACCCGUCAACGUGACGUGCAACAUCUUCAUCAAUAGCUUUGGCUCCGUCACCGAGACCACUAUGGACUACCGGGUGAACGUGUUCCUGCGGCAGCAGUGGAACGACCCCCGCCUGGCCUACCGCGAGUACCCCGACGACUCCCUCGACCUCGACCCCUCCAUGCUCGACUCCAUCUGGAAGCCAGACCUGUUCUUUGCCAACGAGAAAGGGGCCAAUUUCCACGAGGUCACCACCGACAACAAGCUGCUGCGCAUCUUCAAGAAUGGCAAUGUGCUCUACAGCAUCAGGCUGACACUGAUCCUGUCCUGCCCCAUGGACCUCAAGAACUUCCCCAUGGACAUCCAGACAUGCACCAUGCAGCUGGAGAGCUUUGGCUACACCAUGAACGACCUCAUCUUUGAGUGGCUGGAGGAGCAGGAGGCUGUGCAGGUGGCAGAGGGCUUGACACUCCCACAGUUCAUCCUCAGGGAUGAGAAGGACCUGGGCUAUUGCACCAAGUACUACAACACAGGCAAGUUCACCUGCAUUGAGGUGAAGUUCCACCUGGAGAGGCAGAUGGGUUACUACCUGAUCCAGAUGUACAUCCCCAGCCUGCUCAUUGUCAUCCUCUCCUGGGUCUCUUUCUGGAUCAACAUGGAUGCGGCGCCAGCCCGAGUGGGCUUGGGCAUCACCACGGUGCUCACCAUGACCACACAGAGCGCCGGCUCCCGGGCCUCCCUGCCCAAGGUGUCCUACGUGAAGGCCAUUGACAUCUGGAUGGCCGUGUGCCUGCUCUUCGUCUUUGCUGCCCUGUUGGAAUACGCAGCCGUCAACUUUGUCUCCCGCCAGCACAAGGAGUUCAUGCGCCUGCGCCGCCGCCAGCGCCGACAGAGGAUGGGCCUGAGCAGCGGGACGGCCAGCCUGGAGUCCCUGCGGCAGCUGAGCAGCCGGCACAGCAGCGAGCACACCUACGCGACGCUCUCGCAGCUCUCCAGCUCCCGGGAGGAAGAGCUUGUCCGUGAGAGCCGCUUCUACCUGCGAGGCUACGGGCUGGGCCACUGCCUGCAGCCCAAGGAUGGGGCUGGGGAGGGCCCCAGCAUGUACAGCCCUGCUCCAGCCACUCCAGCCACGCUGCUGCGGGAGGGGGAGGCCCUCCACAGGCGCUACCUCGACCGGGCCAAGCGCAUCGACACCAUCUCCCGAGCCGUCUUCCCCUUCACCUUCCUGGUCUUCAACAUCUUCUACUGGGUCGUUUACAAAGUGCUGCGCUCGGAGGACAUCCACCUGGUGCCCUGAGGCCUGGAAAAGUACGACUGCCUGUCUGUCUGACCCCCCACAGUGUGCCCGGGCAACACAAGCUCAGCCAGAACUGCAUUUCCCUCUGUCCCAGAGCAGCGGCUCAGCUGGGCUGGGCCUCAGAGCCUGGACAUGUGGCAGCCCAUUCCCCACUGGAUGUCAGGGCACCAGGCAGGGGGAUCAACAACCGCAGGUCCCCACAGUCAGCUGGAGAGAGGGACCCUUCCUAAUUCCUGCAUGGUGUCACCCCCAAGUACCCAGGGAUGCUGAUCUGCUGGGGAAGCCCUAGGUACCCGGGGAUGCUGUGCUGACAGGGCACAGGGGAACAAGUACUACCCAGGAAUGCACUGCUGGAUGGCACAGGGGAGCCCCUGGUACUCUGGCAUGCUGCACAAGACAGUGGCCAAAGAACAUCACCUUCCAGAAAAAUACUCUCCCCCUCCACACCUACCCAGUUAGGCUGUGGCUUCUCCAGGCUGCAUCAUGGAGCUGAGGGCCACGAGAAGCAAGGGGAGAGGCUGCAGUUCUCUCUCCUCUAGCCUGGAGCUCGGUUGCAGGAAAGGCUGGACUGUAUGGGGUGCUGGCUACGGCCCCAUAGCCCCCAGCCCAGCAAUGGACAGGGCCCCUCCAGCCCCCAGCCAGCUCCAACGCACAGCAAAGCAGUGGAUGAGGGAUGCUUCCCUCCCUGCACAGCUCAGAACUGCCCAUGGUGCCCACGGCUGCAGGCAGGACUGUGGCAGGGGCACUGGACAGGAGGCUCUGUUUGCUCCAAGGCAGUGCCAGCUCUGAGGCAGGCAGCAGGCAAUCCCAGUCCCGCUGAUGGCGAGGGGGCAGAGAUGGCCACUGCAGUUGCAGAUGGCAGUCACUGGGCACUGGGGAGCCAGCACUGCACUAUCAGCCGGGUAGGGCCCACAGCCCAUCUUCCAAGGGAGUUUUUCAGGAUGAAAGCAGUGGGGACAGCUUGGCUGAUCCUUUUGGGUGAGCAGAGUGAGUGGUGGCAUCCCCAGACUGCUGCAUUCCCACAGCACCACAGUGCCAGCAGAGAGCCGGAGGUGGAAACCAGCCUGUUCCCCAGCCUGGCACCUGGGUGCAGCAUCCCCUGGACAUUUUCACCCCUGUUACCCCUCCACUGGACAGGAAAGCAACUGAAACCUUGACAGGACAAGCUCAGCAAGGCUUCCAGCCCUCCAGACCUGGAUACCCUCCAUGCUUAGCAGGAAAUAAAAGCAGUAGGUAACAUUUAUGUAGGUCCUACAGAGAGAAACGUGUUGAUGUUCUCCUUUCCCUCUGCCCACAGUCAGCCUGGGUGGGCUUGCAGCCCAUCCCCUCCACAGCAUGGGAGCCAGGGAAGGCCCAGUGUCUUCCAGGUAGGGCAGGAUGGAAACAGGAUUUUCCCCUUUCCCUGAAGGCUGAGGUGCCCCCAUGGCACAGCAGUGACCCACCUGUCAUGGCAGAAUGGACCCUGCGGGGCAGGGGGACAUGGGCAGGAGGCCAGCACUGCCUUCUGAAGCCAGACCCAGGAAGAAACCCCUGCUAUGACCCCUGCCCUGGCUCCUCAGGCAGGAAUCACCCUUUCCCUCACAGGACUGGGAGCAUCGCCCUGCCCCACCCGACCCCCUGAACCCCAUAGAGUCCUCAGCCACGUGCACCCAUUCCACAGACUGGGCAAGCAGAGAACUGGCCCCAGGCCACCCCACGAGAGGACUGAGGGACCCACAAGGACAGGCUGGGCCAGCUCCAUCCCAUCACCACCUCUGUGCAUGCCUCCCCCACCGUGGGGUUCCCUGUGGGGCCCCACCCCGUGUCCAGGCCAGACUCGCUUUUGGGGAGGCCCUGUUUGGAGGCAGAGGAAGGGGUGUCCCUCGGCUCCCCAGCACCCAAGGCAGUGCCAAAUGGGGAGGUACCAGAGUCUGAGCAGCACCCACAGGCACUGGGCAGCCACACCAACCUCCAGCAGUGGUGGGUUUUUAAACAGCAUCAAUCUUCCUACGCAAAUAAAGCUUUCUGGGGUUUUCA